CGCCGGUUGGACGAGGCCCGGCGGGAACUGGAUCACGCCCUGAGGAGUGAAUUCUUGCGGGGUCUGCCUGUGGUCAUCCUUGCCAACAAGCAGGACCUUCCCGAGGCCGUAUCUGUCACGGAGAUAACGGACACCAUGGUUGUAAUAACACUUUUAACAGGGAGUUUGUAAAUGUGUAGAACGUGUUUGUUUUGGGUCCACACUAGUGUGUUAACUUAUUUGAAUUAGACAGUCACAGACAAUUUUCUUCUGAAUAACUGGUCAGGGCAUAGCACUUUCCAUUCAGCUUCGGGCAACUUUGAUGUAAGGCUUGAUCACACCUGUAUUGACUACUAUCCAUCACACCCAUUGUUGCUUAUCCAUUGUUCACUAGAUAUAUCAAUGUAAUUGCAUCCAACACAAUGUUGAAAAACAGAAUGCUUCCCACCACUAGAUCACAUAACUAGACGUGAGCUGGACGUGAUCCCAACGCUGCCACCAAUGUAGCGGAAUAAAGUAAAAGCUGCAACAGGGACUCUAACCAGGGCUCAUACAUGGCAAAGUGAGCUCUAACGGCUGUUGCCAUGAAAGCCUAGUAGGCCUCUGGGCAGAGGCAGUAGACCUACAAUGCUGGCAUAUGCCUUGUUACAAUAGCCUAAGUAUAUAACAUGAUUGACACGACCGUAAUAAUCAUCAUGAAACGGCCUUGCAAGUGCCAUAAGUGUAAGCCAACAUAAUGCAUUAUUUUACAUUAACCUAUUUAACUGCAUUGAUAUGGCUUAAUUGAUCAUAGUCCAGACUCCUUAUAGUUGCAAAUACCAUGCAGUUGCACCAGGGGAAUUUAAACCAAACUGUUUUUUUUUGUUGCAGGUAUUCAGUUUACCCACAUUUAUUGAUGAAUUAAUUUCCCAUCAUGAAAAUGUAUCCCCAUUCCCCAAUCAAAUACCUUCAUCGAUGCCACAAAAAAAACUGACAAAUACAGCUAUUUACUCCAAUCUGGCAACCCUCAUAAAAUCCAACAUAUCACCAGUAUCCAAAAGUAUUAAGCGAAAACAAGCAUAGAAAACAGCAUUGGCAUUAAUAAAAAAUAAUUUAAAAAAUAAACGUAAGGCUACUAUUUUAUUAUAAGUAUUUCAGUGACAACCUGGUCGAUUAACAAUAUUGGGUUGUUAACACGUUUUUUGUUUUAUAAAUAAAUGUGGGACACAAAAAAAGGUAGUGUAGAACACCAUUGCCCAUCAUGCAUUGCUCCAAUAACUUUCAAAAGAUUGUUCAGAAGUUUUCCCCCAAAAACUGUAUUUUCCUAUGAAUUAAGUUGCACAAAAAUGUGUGUAUUUUCCUACGAAUUAAGUCGCAUACAUUUUUGUUGUAUUUUCACUCUAAUUAAGCCACACAAAAACGCACGAAAUCUGCUGAAAUGCUUUUUGCACAUAUUUUCACGAACUGAGUGUGAGAUUGUGUUGCAACUGUCUAUGACCAGUCAGUUUAAACGUAAUACUAGGCCUGAAGGCUACAGGCAGCAACAGAACCAAGCAAAUAUUUGUUAUUUCUUUCUCUUUCUUUCUAUCUUUCUUUCUUUAAUCUAAACAGCUUUGGAACUGUUCUGCAUUGUUUGAUAUGUAACUUAAUGUAAAUUAUAUUGCCUGCCUGAUGGUUUUAUUGUGAUUAAAGGUAUCUGUAUCUGUCAGAUUGAAGUGGAAAAUGCAAUAUACUCUAUAUGAUGUCCUAAUGGCCCAUAAAUUAUUAUCUAUAGGCUAGGCUACACAUGACAUAUCUAAUGGUUGCCUCGCCCUUAAGUACAUCUGAAUGAUAUGUUAUAUAAUGAUAUACUGAUAUACUGUUAUCUGAUGAUAUAGAGGGUGCGUGCGUUCCUCUCCAUGCAUACACUUCAAUUUUACGCAAAGGUCAGACCACUCGAGGUGACGCUUCAAUGUGUCUUUAAGCACGUUAAAUACGAUGCACAGGGAUGAUUUUAACAUGUGAAGUGUGAUAAAAAAUUGUUUUACAAACAUUAGGCUAUCAAACCUGUGCAUGUGCCACAUUGUAUUGUUCGUGUCAACAGCGCAUUGAUUUGAGUCACGCUAAACUGACUCAUUUGGUGGAUAAUUUCCCAACCAAACAACAGUCAUAUCCUGCUUCAUAUAGGGCCUACUUUGACCCUUGCUUAUCGGUGAACGCAAGGUUUAUAGGUAUCAUGUAAUCGCUUACCUGGUAACAGAAAGGCAACGCACUGGGUAAACACUGCAGCUCGAGGCAGAGAACAGUGACAUAAGGUGAUAUGUCUCCCUGAUUUGCAUCUUUGUCACUAAGUAGUCGGGCUACGCUUUACCACACAUGGGACAGCGGGGAUCGAGACCCCAACCCGAGACCCGAGUUCUCCUAUUGGGCCUCGACUCAGCGGGGAAAUCAACCCUUCUUUACAAACUGAAAUAUAACGAAUCGGUCGAUACCGUUCCCACCAUCGGUUUCAAUGUGGAGAUGAUAGAAGCCAAGAAAAGGAGGGAGAGAGUUGCUCUGACGGUGUGGGACGUGGGCGGCCAGAAGACAAUGAGGCACUACUGGAAGAGCUUCUAUCAGGACACAGCGGGACUGGUGUUCGUGGUGGACAGCUCCGACAGGCGCCGGUUGGACGAGGCCAAGCGGGAACUGGAUCACGCCCUGAGGAGUGAAUUCUUGCGGGGUCUGCCUGUGGUCAUCCUCGCCAACAAGCAGGACCUUCCUGAGGCGGUAUCUGUCACGGAGAUAACGGAGCGCUUUAACCUGAAGAAGAUGUGCGCUGAGCGGGACUGGUUCGUUCAGCCCUGCUCUGCCGUGACCGGUGCUGGGCUUGUGGAGGGCUUCCAAAAGGUGGCACACCUGCUCAAACUACCAUCAGAGGACGUUCAAGACAAUAUUAAAGAGACAGUGCAGUAUCUAAGAUCAAAAUCAGUCAAGUCAAUGGGUUUG